UUUGUAGGCGAAGCAUCUGGACCGGUAAGAGACUCUCUCAUCAAUCAUAGCCACAUACCAAACUAUCUUUCUCUCUCUAAUAUAUCUUUCUUUGCUCUUUUAUCUUCUUGAUCUUCCUAUAUAUGGAGAAACACCAAAAGGGUACAACAAUACUAUACGGAUCCAACAAACUGGAUUGAUUACCCACAAGUACUUAUUUCUUUUUGUUCCUAGCGUUUCGGAGAAUCCGAUCAAGAACAAAGUAAACCAUAUUAUAAGUAUUAUAUAGACUUAGAUGUUCCGGUUUCCGGUGAGUCUAGGAGGUUCACGUGACGAAACCCGUCACGAUCAGAUCACACCGUUGGACGAGCGUCGUGUAGUGGUUGGUGAGGUUGACUUCUUCUCUGAUAAGAGAGAUAGGGUUUCACGUGAGAACAUCAACGACGACGAAGACGACGAAGCCAGUAAGGUUCACGUCAAAAUGGAGAGUUCACGAGUUGAAGACAACGAUCGUUCUAGAGAUGUAAAUAUCGGGCUGAAUCUUCUGACGGCGAAUACGGGAAGCGAUGGAUCAACAGUGGAUGAUGGACUGUCAAUGGAUAUGGAAGAUAAACGUGCAAAGUUUGAGAACGCACAAUUGCAAGAGGAGCUGAAGAAGAUGAAAAUAGAAAACCAAAGGCUAAGGGAAAUGUUGAGCCAAGCGACCAACAACUUCAAUUCCUUACAGAUGCAACUUGUUGCCGUCAUGAGGCAACAAGAACAACGCAACUCCUCCCAAGAUCAUCUGUUGGCUACGGAAGGUAACGCAGAAGGAAGUAAACGGCAAGAAGUGCAAACCAUGGUGCCAAGGCAGUUCAUGGACCUCGGGCCGUCUUCUGGCGCGGUCGAGCAGGAUGCUGAAGUGUCAUCUGAAGAGAGAACAAUGCUGCGCUCAGGAUCUCCUCCUUUGCUUCUGGAGAAUUCAAAUCCCCGAGAGACCGGAAAGAGGUUACUUGGGAGAGAAGAAAGCCCGGAAUCCGAGUCUAACGCCUGGGGAAACCCUAACAAAGUCUCCAAACACAAUCCACCUUCCGGAAGCAACAACAACAACAACAACAACGGAAACAGAAACCUUAUUGAUCAGUCCGCUGCGGAAGCCACCAUGCGAAAAGCCCGUGUCUCAGUUCGCGCCCGGUCUGAAGCAACUAUGAUAACCGAUGGAUGUCAAUGGAGAAAGUACGGACAAAAAAUGGCUAAAGGAAACCCUUGUCCGCGAGCUUAUUAUCGCUGCACGAUGGCUGGUGGAUGUCCUGUUCGUAAGCAAGUGCAACGUUGCGCAGAAGACAGAUCUAUUCUCAUAACCACUUACGAAGGAAACCACAACCAUCCGCUUCCACCAGCCGCAAUGGCCAUGGCCUCAACAACCACCGCAGCCGCAAGCAUGCUCCUCUCAGGCUCAGUGUCUAGCCAAGACAAUUUAAUGAACCCAACAAACCUCCUAGCUCGAGCCAUCUUGCCUUGCUCCUCAAGCAUGGCCACAAUCUCAGCCUCCGCGCCGUUCCCAACCAUCACACUGGACCUCACCAAUUCACCCAACGGUAACAACCCGAACAUGACCACUAAUAACCCGUUGAUGCAGUUCGCUCAAAGACCCGGUUUCAACCCGGCGGUGUUGCCUCAAGUGGUUGGUCAAGGUUUGUAUUAUAACCAACAACAAUCCAAAUUUUCUGGUUUACAGUUACCCGCUCAGCCGCUGCAGAUGGCUGCAACUUCUUCGAUGGCCGAGAGCGUUAGUGCCGCCAGUGCAGCGAUUGCGUCCGAUCCAAACUUUGCUGCGGCUUUAGCGGCAGCAAUUACGUCCAUUAUUAACGGCUCCAGUCAUCAGAAUAAUAACGGCAAUAAUACCAAUCUGGCUACUAGCAACGGUGACAAUAUAUAGGCAGUAAGAGUCUUUGUUUUGAUGCUCGAUUUUAUUUUAUUGGUACUUUGUUUUUUGAGUUUUGGAUGUGUAAUUAUUCGUAUCCUUGGUUUUGCUUUUGUUCGUAAACAAGAAGGGUCUUUGAGAACAUGUUUUUCCUCUUGUUCUUCGUGUAAGAUCAACGUUUUUGUGGGUACUUGAAUUUCAGUUAAAAAUAAAAUUUCUUUAAA